AUGCAAAUCAAUCGUCACGGAGCAGCACUGCUACUCUUAUUCGGAACGAUUGGUAAUCUGCUUAAUAUUCUUGUGUUAAAAGAACAUUCGUUUCAAAAGAAACCAUGUGCAGUCUAUCUUUCAUGGUCGUCGAUAACGAGUUUAAUAUUCAUUUGGUCGGGGUUUUUAACUCGAGUUUUGCAAGGUUAUAGUGUCAAUUGGCCGAAUGAAAAUCAGGUCGCUUGUAAAGUUCGUCAAUUUAUUCUGAAUGUUACAUGGGCAAUGGGUGCAUGGUGUCUUGUUGGAGCGAAUAUCGAUCGAUAUUUCUGUAGUCAUUCUUCGAUCACGGUUCGUCAAUUAAGUACUAAUCGAAUGGCAAAACGAGUUAUCCUUGGAAUGUUCAUUUUCUUUUGUCUAUUGUUUGUGGAAGUGAUUUACUGUUUUGAAGGAAGUAUUCCGAAUGUUCCCGUACUUUGUUACGGUCGAAAUAUUCCAUGUCGGAUGUUUAAUGAUUGGGCAGCGUUGCUAUUUGAUAUUAUUUUACCUAGUAUCUGUUUGGCGACUUUCGGUUUGAUGACGAUCCGAAAUAUUCGAAUGAGAGUUGUUCAACCGGUGAGAAAACCAACAACAAAUAGCGGGAGUCGAUUGUUGACCAGGUUUAACGAUCGAAAUCUGACCCGAAUGUUACUUAUCCAAGUUUUCGUUGUGCUGGCUUUGGAUUUACCAUUUGGAACUUACCGUGCUUACGCCAGUUUGACAUCAAACAUUCUAAAAAGUUCGUAUCGUGUAGCUGUGGAAAAUCUGAUUUAUUCACAAAUUGUACUUCUUAUCUGUGUUACUCAUUCAACUUCAUUCUAUUUAUACACACUCACUGGCUCUGUUUAUCGUCUUGCACUAAAACGUAUCAUCCGUCGUUUUCUUCUAUUUUGA